AUGGUUGAAUCCUUAGACAUUGGAGAGGAUGAUGAAAAUGAUGAUGAUGAUGAUGAUGAUGAUGAUGAUGAUGAUGAAGAUAAUGAUAAUAAGAAUUCAGAAGCUGGACAUCAAAAAGGAGCCGAUAAGGAAGAAGAUACUGAUAAAGAUGAAAAUAAUUCAGCAGCUGAUAUGGGAGAAGACUUAACUCAGAAUAUGAACUCUCUUCCAAGGAAAAAUAAGCACAUACGUUUUUCAUCUGCUUCCCCUACUGAUGACACUAAACAUCAUGUAUCAACCCCCCUCAUUAGAGAUACUACCGAGCCUAUAAUUCAGAAUGAACUUUCUACCAUACCAUCUCCAUCUCCUUAA